UGGCAGUAGGUUAAACUGUGGAUCGUAUUUUUGUUCCUGUGUCAACGUAACGAAGAAAAGAAGCAGCGAGAGCCGGCGAAGUUUCCACCAAAUCUACUUUUUUCGAGACAUUAACGGAUCAGGCUCCUUCUCUCCGACUCCAGCCGGACCUCCACCCGCCCAGCAGAUCGGCUUUUUGAAGAUGAACUCCAAUGUGGAGAAUUUGCCCCCUCAUGUUCUUCGCUUGGUCUACAAAGAGGUUUCAGCGUUAGCAGCAGACCCCCCUGAGGGCAUCAAGAUCUACCCCAGCGAAGAAGACAUCACAGAACUGCACACGGCCAUCGAAGGACCGGAGGGAACUCCGUUUGCUGGCGGCGUUUUCCGAAUGCGUCUGGUCCUCGGGAAGGACUUCCCUGCUGUUCCACCCAAGGGGUAUUUCCUGACCAAGAUUUUUCACCCCAACGUGGGCCACAAGGGAGAGAUCUGUGUCAACGUGCUGAAGAGGGACUGGAAGGCAGAGCUGGGCCUGCGACACGUCCUGCUGACCAUCAAGUGUCUCCUGAUCCAUCCGAACCCGGAGUCGGCUCUGAACGAGGAGGCCGGCCGCCUGCUGCUGGAGGACUAUGCGGAGUACGAGUCCAGAGCCCGUCUGCUCACAGAGAUCCACGCCAUGGGGGGGCCCGGCGGUACGUCCGGGGCCCCUCAGGACCCCAACGACGGCCCCCAGCCCAAGAAGCACGCCGGCGACCCGACGAAGAGGGCGGGGCCGAGCGCGGCGCCGGUGCCGGCGGCUCUGGGCAACGGCGCUAACGGAGCUAGCACCACCUGCAGCAACAGCAGCAGCAGUAGCAGCAGCAACGUAGCGGGGAAGAAGAAAGCGGAUAAAAAGCGAGCGUUGAGGCGACUUUAAUACCUCGGCCGGAUCCUCAGUGCGUAUGAGUGCGAGUGUGAGAGUGUAAAUAUAAAUAUCGAAGUGUGCUGACGAAGUUUUUGUUCCCUUUUUCUGACUCUUUCUACCCCGACCCGGACCGUCACCUUUGUACUCGCCUCACCAUCACGGCUUCGUUAAUUAUCUCCAUACCGGAAGACGUCAACGGACACAAUCCUCCUCUUUUUUUCCAGAAACAGAAACACUUUCACCUCGGAGAUCUCAGUUGUUACGAACGAAAGACGCUCGUCUGUCCCUCAGUGAGACUCCUGUGGUCUCAGACUGGAUCUUUUUACGGCGUCUCUGCUCAGUUUGCUGUGAUGGUACUGUGUACUGCUCAGUCCAAACCGGGAUUCAUCAAAUUAAAUGAUCCUCGAUACCUAAAAGCCUCCUGUUUCAUGUUUAGAUCUGACUGAAGGUAUGGAAGGAGUUAGCAGCAGAGAGCAGGAAGUCUGUCUGAUUCUUUUCUAAAACUGUUUCACUGUCCAGUAUUUUCAAAAGUCGUUUUUAAUUGACAUAUCCAUAUUCAGCUGUCUCGUGGUCGUGUGUGAAGACGUAGAUCAGUGGCUGUAAGGGAACAGGGUAACUUUUAUAUGAAAAACAAAACAAAAAUCCUCUGUUCUCUGUGUUAAGCAUACUGUGAUGUGACUCCGCCUGCUUCCCGUAGAGCUCAGACCGAUGGGGGACUCCAGCGCUCGGCCGGACUCGUCUCGUUGCACUUUCAGGGUUUCUGGGGCAGGUUUUCUCACAGUUCUGAACGCACGCCGGGUCUACAUUUCCCAAGGAAACACACUGAAGCGCUGUCUUAAUGUGGAUGGAAAAGGUGCCUCUGAAACUCUGUUACUGCAGACUGUUGGCUGGAUAUUUUGUGUCCAUUUUAAAUUAUUUAAAUUAAUAAAAUACCAGAAGUGAAAUGAGAAAACAAA